AUGAAAUAUGGGCAAGUUGUUGUAGGUCCCGCAGGAAGUGGGAAAACAAAUUAUUGUAAAUUGAUGAAAGAAUUUAUGAAAAUAAAAAAACGCAAUUGUUAUGUUGUUAAUUUAGAUAGUGCUAGUGAAGAAUAUUAUUAUGAAAAAAAAAAAAAAGCUAUAAAUACAACUUCAAAUAUUGAAAAAGAAUUAAAUGAUUAUUAUAAUACGAUAUAUGAUAUAGAUAUAAGAAAUUAUGUAGAAGUAAAUCAUUUAAUGGAAGAAGAAAUGUUAGGACCCAAUUGUGCAUUAUUAAAAAGUAUUGAAUUAUUAUAUGAAAAUAGUAAUUUACUUGAAGAUGAAUUAAAUAAUUAUGAUGAUGAUGAUAAUUAUUUUAUUAUUGAUACUCCUGGACAAAUAGAAUUAUAUACACAUACAGAUUAUUUUAAAAAAAUUUUAGACAUUUUUACAUGUCAAAAUAUUAAAUUAAUUGUCGUUUUUUUAAUAGAUAUUUCAUUUAUUAGUUCAAAUACAAAAUUGUUAUCAGCAUAUUUAACAAGUUUAUCAACUAUGAUAAAUUUUGAAUUACCACACAUUAAUAUAUUAACAAAAUGUGAUCUUUUAAUAAGUAAAAAUUAUUAUGAAGAAUUUAAAAAGUUUAAAUAUAAUAAUAAUUUUUUUUUUCAAAAAAAGCUCUACAGAAAAAUUAAUAAAAAGCUAAAAAAAAUGAAAACUAGCCAAAAAAAAAUGAAUGCAAUUGACAAUGGUGAGGAAAAUGAUGACUCAUUUUUUAGGGAGCUUGAAUAUAUUAGUAAUAAUGAUAAGCUUUCUUUUAAAGAAGAAUAUAUUUGGGGUUCAGACUAUACAAGUAGAAGUGGUUCUAGUAUUUCAUAUGGAUCUUUAUCUGAUGGAAAAAAUAACUAUGAUAGUAACUUAUCACAAAAUAAUAGUAGUGAUGUUUCAGAUGACAUUGAAGAAAAUAUUUACAAAAAAAAUUAUGAAAAAUUAAAUGAUAUAUUAUCACUUGAUCCUCAUGAUAUUAUUAUAACAGCAAGUAAAUGUAUGUCUAAAAAAUAUUAUAGAUUAAAUUCAGCUUUUGCUAAUAUUAUUGAAGAUUUCAAUUUAGUUUCAUUUGUUCCUUUAAAUAUAUAUGAUGAUGAUAAUGUAGAUUUUAUUAUAAAUUCAAUCGAUAUUAUAAUUCAAUAUGGGGAAGACAAAGAUGUCAAUGACAAUUAUGACAUGUAA